AUGUGCAAGGAGAAGCACCACCGCGACUGGAUCCUCCACCGCUGCUGCGGCGCCAUCGCCGCCUGCAUCCUCACGCUCUUCGCCGUGGUCGGCUUCAUCGUGCUCGUCAUCUACCUGGCGCUGCACCCCUCCAAGCCGUCCUUCUACCUCCAGGAUGUGCAGAUCUGGUCCAUCGACCCGGCGCUCUCCCUCGACAUCCAGGACGAACUAACGCACGGUACCUGCCGGGCUGCCGGCCGGCACCACGACGACGACGCAGGUGACGAUCGCGUCGCGGAACCCGAACGACCGUGUGGGCGUGUACUACAAGACGCUGGACGUGUUCACGACGAGCCGGUGCCGGUGCCGGUGCCGGUGUCGAUGCCGUCGAUCUACCAGGGCCACAAGGACGUGUCGGUGUGGUCCCCCGUGAUGUCGGGCGACGCCGUGCCCGUGGCGCAGUACGUGGCGGACGCCAUGAAGCAGGACAUCGCGGCGGGCUACGUGCUGCUCCACGUCAAGGUGGAGGGCCGCGUCAAGUGGAAGGUCGGCAGCUGGGUCUCCGGCGGCUACCACCUCUUCGUCGCCUGCCUCGCGCUGCAAAGAAGGGCAUUCAUGUUAUUUUACCAGCCACUUACGCCGUUAUUAGCCUAA